AUGCAGACCGCCCGCAUGUGGAAAGUGCUCGACCACGUCGGUGAACAAAUACCUCUGAGCACUAGCGUUGAGGCUCAAAUUUGGCUCGCCUGCAUGAAUAUUCGCUCGAACUCCCUUUUCUUCGUCGGCUGUGCUUCUCCUCAUCUUUAUGGCGCUGUCCUCCUUCGUGGCUGUCCACCGACCUUGAGCAUCUCAGGUACACAGAGGAUGCUCAGACUCUCCUGUGGUACAUCGGCGGGUGCAGGGAAUCGAAACCUGCUUAUUAGGGCGUUAGACGUGGUUUCAUGGCUCAACGCUCAACGCUCAACAUCCAUCGCAUUGUGCGUAUAUCGGAAGCCUCUCGACCGUGCUUUCGGUUUCGGACCCAGGAAACGGUGCUCCAAGGUCGUCUCUCGCCCUGCGGCCCACAUGGGUGCCUUCGCACCUGCUGUGCCGCAGCAGCAGGGCAUUCUUUCGCACUGA